UUCCCUGCUCCUGCUCCUGGCCCUGCUGGGCACGGCAUCAUGCAGCCACCCAGCCCCUGCCAGCCCUGAGGUGUUGGAGACGUCGCUAGAGGUGCCGGGGAAUGACACGAGGCAGGAGCUGGUCCCCGACCCCCGGGGUGUCCCCAACACCCGCUACAUCGUUGUGCCGCGGCCCCUGAGCUUCCGCCGGGCCAUGCGUGUCUGUGCCCGGCGGUUCGGCGGCCGCCUGGCCUCCAUCCACAGCGCUGGCACCAACGCGGCGCUGCAGCUGCAGGCUCGGCUGAACACCAAGAGCGGCUUCGUCUGGAUUGGGGCCGUCACCAAGCCCUGGCGCAGGACCGUGCAGUGUCACUGGGUGGACCGGAGCCCCUGGGACUUCCACAACUGGCAGCUGAGGCACCCGCUGUGCACCGGCCGCUUCUGCACCACCCUCUGCACCGCGGACGGUCGCUGGAGGAGCCAGGGCUGCAAGGUGAAGUUGCCCUUCAUCUGCGAGUGCUGA